AUGAGCAACCCCUUGAACCAGUUUUUUCAAGAGUUGCACAAUGGUAAUGAUACUGUAUUAUCCAUAGAUAUAGCAGCAAAUGGUCAAUUAAUUGCAAACCUACAGAAUCACCUCCAGAACACACAAGACGACAUGAUGAGCUCACUCGUGGAGAAGGCUAAGUUGCACAACGGAUCGUGGACAAGGUAUAAUAUUCUCGUGGUUUCGUUUCUUAAAUUUUGCAGAGAUGUGGAUCCCUGGUCUUUGUGGGAAAGCUUCGAUCUAGUAUUCGAUUACUACCAAAGCCUGAGCAACUGUCUAUUGAAUGAUUCAUAUCCGCUCGAGAGCCUUGUGCCGCUAUUCAAAUUGACUACAGAUAUAGUAAUCCCUUUAGCAGCCAGGCUAGAUGAGAACCACGAAGCUUUGGGCACGCGAAAACACCAAUUUCUCGCUCACGUAUCGUCAAUCAUCUCAAAAGUGUUCAACAGCGUAAAACCAAAGUUCGAAGAGAUAUCUAGCCGUUUUGAGGACCUUCCGGAGAAACAGAAAGUGCUUCUGUAUGUGUCUAACCGUCUCAAUAACAUCUAUAUGCGAAUUGACUCGUCUUCAUCGUGUGCCAACAUAUUCAAGAAUGUCAAACCCAAAUCUACGAUUCAACGAUUUUCACAGUUCCCGAUCCGCGAGCAAAUUGAGUAUAGAUACUUACUGGGGCGUUACUACUUGCUUAAUCACCGUGUCUCCAAUGCAUUUCACCAGCUCAACCGUUGCUUCGAGAUGCUGGCCUCGCAACAGACCGUAACUCCUGCGCUGCGGAGAAACAUGCACAGGGUCCUCAAUUACCUGAUACCAGCUGGCAUCCUUUUCGGUAAGGUACCUUCAAUGCAGAUGGUUGCACAGGUGAGUCCCGAGCUGGCUCGGUCCUACACCCCGUUGAUCCACAUUGUGUGCGAGGGAAAUCUCGCUGCCUUCCACUGCUGGCUGGCCGAACACGAAACCUCGCUGCGUGCUCGCCGUCUACUACUACUACUUCUAGAAAAGAUGCCUAUGCUAUUAUACCGCAAUCUCGUACGCCGCGUCGUGCUGUUGGUGGCCUUUCCCCAGAACUUGAAUAAAAUCUCCUAUCAAGCAGUAGAGAAUGCUAUACGCAUUUCGCUCGGUCCACCUGACCGUCUCGCCCGAUUGCCCAUCAUAUACCGUACAAUACAUGCACCAGAGAACGUUGGUAACGUGUUAGAGACCCUUGUUACGCUCACUUUUCUGAAGGCGAACUGUUUUCCUCUGAGCGGACAGUGUGUGUUCCGUAAGACAGCCAAUAUCAGAGAUAUUUUCCCAAACAUCAAUGAGAAGCUUGUAAUACUUUUCCCGCUUAAUAACGAGGAUUCAUGGCUCGACGAGUAG